CGGUGGGUCGGAGUUACGUGACGGUCACAUUGGUGGCAUGUGACCAGGCCGACGAAGAAGUAAAACACAUUUCUGUGCAGCAACAUGGAGAGAGGCUGGAUCUGAACAGUGCAGAUAAGAUGAACAGGGAAAGGCGCAUUCGCGUUUCUUUCCCUUUUCCACAGAACUCGCGUCUUUCUUUACACAGUGGCAAAGUUGUUCUCUUAAUAAAAGCCUCUCCCUGCUUGUAAAUUGCAGAUAAAGUGUUUUUUCGCAGAAGCAUGCUUUGCAAAAACUACCCGAGUGAAGCGUUUGUCAGCAGACUCGUUCGUCUCUGUUUCCACUUGAAUAAACGACUCGUAACGAUGUCGAUGCCAAAGCUGUCGGGAGAAAGCUCAGAGCCACCGGCGAACAGCGGCGCGUCACAGAUCGACGAAGGCACGGGAGCAGCUGACGUCAGCGACGCGGGGGGCGAAAACGACCCCUCCUCCGCGGGAAAGUUCACAGAGGGCGAGAUGGCCAUCCACAGAAUCCAUAGACAAGCGUGUGCGGCAAAGAAGCAGAUGUACGUUGACCCUUCAAGCGGGUAUAAGGUGUUCACAGAGUAUGCCCACCUUCAGAGAGGGAAGUGCUGCGGCAGCGCGUGCAGACACUGUCCAUAUGGCCAAGUCAACGUGAAGGACCCCGCCACGAAGAAGCGGUUCAAUUCCCUGUUUUACGUAUAGACCUAACAGACUCGUGCCAAGGUAACGCGUUAGAAGCCUGUUUGGAAUGGAACCCACCACACGUUGCUUGUCUUCUGCCUGUCGUUAUUUGGACUACUUGAGUCAUUUUUUUUCUUUUAGCCGUGUAAUAAAUGAUGAAAUAUG